AUGGUGCUUGUUGAGAACUCCAUCCAACCCGUCUUGCACAACACUGCGCCAUCAAGCCAGACCAGCCAGUGGCAGUUCCCGCCUGGCAUCUACACACCCAGACAAUUCAUCGCACAGCUAGCAGUCAUCCCAGAAAUCAUUCUUUUUCAGCUGGGACCCGAUGAUGUUUCGUCAAAACAGACCUGCCGAGACAUUUUGAUGGAUGGCUUGCGUUCUAGCCUCUCACAGGAGGGCCGUGAAUCGACGCUUGCCCUGCCUGACUGGAAAAGUGCGACCCCAUCCGAAAUGACGCAGCAAGCCAAGAAGGUUGGAGAUACCCUCCCGCAGUACGCGCUAGAAUACAAUUACACGUUUGCUGGCAUCGCCGAGCUGAAGGUCUAUAGUCCCUGCGAAGGCCAUAAGUGGGUGCCCCCAGCAGGACAACUCUUGCGGAGCUCACGCAGCUCACCUAUUCUCAUGAUGCUGUACAACGAGUGGUUGCAACAAAUCACCUGUCUUCGUGAUUCACUUCUCUCUUUCGAGAACUUCACGGAAGUCCAGCUCGAUUUGUCGGACCCCGCUCACCACGGUACUCGCCAAAUGGAGGGCAUCCGAGAGUCAUCUUUGCGCAGUAUUCAGGCCCAGACGCAUACCGACGCGGAUAUUCUCGAGGUCGCUAAAGUGUUGACGGCACCAAACCUUCCAGAGGGAGGCUUCGGGUUCCAAUACUCUCAAGGAACAGUCCUCCCGGCAGUCUUAUUCACGCAAUCUGCCACUCGUCUGCUCCGAUAUUUCCCUGCCCAAGUUCAGGAACCCGGUGAAGAAGACAGAUGUGUGCUCUUUGAGUGCCCAAACUCCAACUUGCAGAGCAACCUUGUGCAAACGCCGCAAUGCAAAGCUUUCGACACCAUAUCGGCACAGGCUGUGAGCGACGCAAUCACUGGUGCACAGUAUCCCGGCUUGCAACGCAAUAUCCAAUUGACUGGGAAGUUAAACAAUGGAGAGGCCUUCUCUCUUGAUCAUGGCACGGUGCUUCUUCGUUCCUGA